AUGCCGACACUUGAUGAAUACAAAAAAUGGUUGAACGUCAACGACGAGGAGUAUAACUUAUUUUUAAGGGAAUACAGUACGCUAAAUGAGAAGAUGAUCGGGAAAUUCGAAGCUUACACCAAGUUGGCGUUGUUGGCUGAAUGCCAUGGAACUAGAUAUAAGAUGCUUCCUUUUUUGGUGAUGAAUGAUCUGAUUGCCGAUUUACUACUAGCCAACAAAUUUAAUCCUGAGUCCCUGAAGGCUGCUGUUUUCUCAAAAUAUACUGGAGCUGAGAAUAAAGGUACCGCCAUUAGUAGAUCGAAACGUAAACUAAAGAAUUUUUGUGAUUAUAUCACUGCCAGAUAUGUAGUGAUAGAUGAAAAGAUUUACGCCAGGAAAGCAUCUAAAGGGGACGAAAGUCCUAAAAUGUGGUGUCCACCAAGUUUGAUGACUUUCUUCAUUAUACGGUACCACAGGAGACAGGAUAUUGAUGAAUCAGAAAGGAAAGCAAGGCACAGAGGUGUUGCAGCUACACAUGAUGCUAUAGGAGAAAAAAUGUCUGGUAUUACAAGACAAUUGAUACAGGAUGUGACUUAUGAUUGCCUAAAGUGUAAUGUCACUAAGGGUGUUCCAAUCAUAUAUGUCCCAGACGAUAAUCCUAAAGCAGAAGUUCCUUUUGAAAAUCUGUUGAUAGAUAUCAUUGACCUGAAGGAUCGAUCUUGUCGUUGUCCCAAAGACAAUAAAAAGAAAAGCCAAAUUCUACAUAUUAUGGACCAAUACACGGAAUAUACAUGGCUAUAUAUCUUAGAUGACACACACCAUGAUGCCAUCGCUAUGAUUUUUGAGGUCUUAUUAUAUCAUUUUCCACUUUCUACUAAGCACGUCUAUGUUGAUGAUGGUAAAGAAUUUAGAUCUUCUAAAUUCUUAAAAAUAUUGGAAACUAAUGGUAUCAAGACGAUAAUGAAACAUGAUAGAUUUAUGAAACGUCCCAAUAAUAUUGUUAUUGAGGAAUUGGAUAAGUACAUUAAUGAAAAUUUUAAAUCCGACCUAGCUUCAGAAGAAAAUGAAAAAAAUGUUGGAGAGAUAAGUAAUACGUCCACCAAGAAACAUGACACCAAUGUGACAGACGAGCAUGAAGACAUCAAGAAGGACAUCCCAUGGUGUUGUAGUUUGAAGCUAAUAGCUGGCAGAGUUAAUAACAUAGUUAGAGAUUCACAUAAAAUGGCACCAGCCCAUGCGUUAUAUCGUUUACAAAAGGAUGAACCUAGACCACCAAACCAGGGUGAUGUCUCCAUUGAAAAGGCAGUUGCUGUGACUAAGCAUAAUGAAGACUUUGAUAUUGAGCAAAAAAUUGGUUCCACUAACAAUGUUGAUGAACGACAGCCACAACCGCAACCACAAAUGGUACAUCUACCUUGGAUAGAAUCAAAUUCCGCAGUAUUUUCAAGUUCUAUGGAUGAAUCUGCUCGUAAUGAAAAUACGGAGACAUUAUCCUACGGUACAGAUCGAAUGCACAGUUUAACUACCCAAUUCCCGUUUAAUCUUAACCCUGAGGAACAUGAUUCACGAAUACCUAAUCAUAAGAUAGUGCCUCCACCUACCUCGUUCCCCUCGGCUGUGGGAAGUUCUAAACAGAACUCAGAACAGCAUAGCACCAAAAGGUUUUUGGUGGAGAAAAGUUAUGAAAAUGGUAUUAGAAAAUUGCCUAAACAAAGACCCGAUAGUUCUUUGGCAAGUAUGUUAUUUAAUGGCUCUGGUAGUUCGGCAUUUCUACCAGCAGAUUAUUAA